AUGGAUGACCAUCCCGAGACGUCGUCCAAGAUGAAUGGCAAUGUGACGGAAGCCAUACAUGAAGAUGUUUCAGGGUAUAACGCUCAUGCCACGGGCCAACACGAGGGUACUUCUCCGAUCGCGAUUGUGGGCCUAGGUAUGCAUCUUCCUGGAAAUGUAUCUACAGCUGAUGAAUUCUGGGAUCUUCUGAUGAGCAAAAGAGACUGCUCAUCUGAAGUCCCGAAAAGCCGAUAUAAUGCGGAUUCCUUCUAUGGUCCCGGAAUACCCCAGUCCCUGAAGACCAAGCGAGGAUAUUUUCUCCAUGAUGACUGUGUGGGCAAAGGAGACAAGAGUUUCUUUAGCAAUAUGCCAGGAUUUCCACUUAGUGAUCUCGAUCCGCAACAGAUGGCGUUGAUGGAGGUAGUGUGGGAGUGUAUGGAAAAUGCAGGACAAGUUGGAUGGCGAGGAUCAGAUAUCGGACUUUACGUAGGUGUAUUUGGUGAAGAUUGGCAUGAAAUUACCGCGAAAGAGACAAUGGCAGUUUCUCGUGCCCAUGCAUUUGCAAAUGGUCAAUUUGCAUUGUCGAAUCGAGUCUCUUACGAGUUCGAUCUCAAAGGUCCUAGCUUGUUCAUCUUCAUUGGUGGCUUUGCACGAAUCAUGCCAGGCACCAUGAGUGUGAAUAUGUCCGAGAAUAUGGUUCUCUCGCCAGAUGGCUACUGUAAAGUAUUUGAUGAUGGCGCGAAUGGAUACGGCCGUGGGGAAGCAGUGAAUGCAGUUUAUAUCAAGCCUCUCGCUCAGGCUAUAGCAGAUGGAGACCAUGUUCGCGCAGUCAUCCAGGGAACGUCCGUGAACUAUGAUGGAAGGUCUGACAAGAUAUUUGCGCCAGAUAUUGACAGCCAGGAGAAAUUAAUUAGGCAAGCUUAUUCACAAGCUCGGAUUCAUGAUAUUUCACAGACUGGAUUUGUCGAGUGUCACGGUACCGGGACAAAAGUGGGUGACUUUGUCGAAGCAAAAGCUAUUGCUCGUGUAUUUGGUGAAAGGGGUGUCCACAUUGGAUCUGUGAAGUCCAAUGUAGGACACGGCGAAGGUGCCUCCGGAUUAACUGGUCUCAUUAAGGCUGUGCUAGCCCUUGAGCAUCGUACCAUCCCGCCUAACAUGCACUUUUCACGUCCAAAUACUAAAAUUCCCUUUGACAAAAAUGGGUUGGUUGUCCCCACAGAGCCGAUCCCAUGGCCUCGUGAUCGCCUGGAACGAGUCGGCGUUAAUUGCUUCGGAAUCGGUGGUAGCAAUGCCCACGCCAUUUUAGAUUCAGCUACAGCAUUUCGAAACCCGAUCAAUGACAUUUCUGAACCAUUGCGGCCCCAUCUCAUUGUUCUUUCGGCUCAGAGUAAAGUGGCACUUGAUUCAAGGGUUGCAAAAACCAAAGGAUAUGCUAAAAACCACCCCAAUUCUUUAAAAAGUAUUGCGUACACUCUAGGGGCUCGUCGUGACCACUUGUCUCAUCGCGCGUAUCUACUAUGCGACAAGACAAGCUCUGUAAUACAGGAGACUCGCUCUAGCUCUCCAGUUCAGAAAGUGCCCGCUUCUCCAGUGUUUGUUUUCACAGGACAGGGUGCACAGUGGCCCGGUAUGGGGAGAGAGUUGCUGGACACAUUUCCAUUUUUCCAUCACGAUAUCCGUAUCAUGGACGAGGCCCUGCAAAGUCUGGACCCUAAGCCACUGUGGAGUAUAGAAGCGGAGCUUCGAGUGACUGCAAAUUCUAGCCACAUCGAUGAGGCCGAGUACUGUCAACCACUUUGUGCUGCCAUUCAGAUUGCCCUAGUCAACUUAUUUGCCAAUUGGGGUAUUCACCCCUCUGCCACCAUUGGCCACUCCAGCGGCGAGGUUGUAGCAGCAUAUGCAGCGGGGGCAAUUUCCAUGCGCUCAGCUAUCAUUAUGGCAUACCUUCGUGGAUAUAGUGUCAAGCAUGCUCCAUGUUCUGGAGGCAUGGCUGUAAUUGGCCUUGGGGAAACUGUUGUCAGCCAGUUCCUCCUGGAAGGUGUGACAAUAUCCUGUGUGAACAGUGCCACCAGCGUAAACAUCUCUGGGGAGAAGAAAAAGUUACUAGAAGUCAUCUACAAAGUUCAGGAAGAAAUGCCCGACACUUUCGUGCGACAAUUGCCAAUCAAUGUCGCCUACCAUGCUUCUGAUAUGAGCCUUAUUGGCCCAGUAUUUGAAGGGACCAUCACCCCUUACAUUGAAUAUAGAGACAAAAUGCUUCCAAUGUAUUCGACAGUGACGGGAGUAGUGAUUUCGGAUCCACGUCAACUCAAUGCAGGGUACUGGCGGAAAAACUUAGAGUCACCUGUGCUCUUUUUACAGGCCAUGAAUACUCUAAUUUCCGAGAAUCAAAGUACAAUGGGCCUUUUCGUGGAAGUAGGAACCCAUAAUACACUUUCUGGACCUUUGCGCCAUAUAUUUUCCUCCCACAAAUCCCAGAACUACUAUAUUCCAACCCUUCGCAAGAAUCAAUGCCAAUCGAUCCGCCUUCUUGGAACCGUCGGUGAAUUGUAUUGCUACCGUUGUCCCGUUGAUUUUGCCGCAGUCAGUGGAAUCGGCAGUGUUCUUGUUGAUCUGCCAGUGUAUCCUUGGGAUCGAAGCAGUAUCAACUGGCAAGAAAGUCGCCUUUCCAAAAACUGGAGAUUUCGGCAACACCCCCACCACGAGUUGCUAGGCUCUCGAAUGUUGGAGGCUACUGACUUGGAGCCUGCAUGGCGGAAUUCGCUCAACCUUGAGAAUGUUCAGUGGCUGAAUGAUCACCAGGUCUCACAAGAAACAAUAUUCCCCUGCGCAGGAUAUAUCGCGAUGAUAAACGAAGCCAUUCGCCAGCUUCAUGGAGUGCAAUUCUGUACAAUUCGGAGACUAUAUAUGAAGACUCCUCUGAUCUUGCCAUCAAACUCUGGCGAGACUGUAGAGCUCGUCACAAGUAUGAGAUCUAUGAGAUUGAAUGAUCGAAUUGACUCGGAUUGGUACGAAUUUACCAUUGCAUCAUUUGAUGGAUCAAAAUGGACCAAACAUACAGUUGGCGAAACAAGACCAGGCGCUGAAGAUUUGAAGGCACAAUCACCGGAGAUAUUGCAGUUUCCAAGGUUGGUUUCAUCAGAGCUCUGGUACGAAAGAUUAGCAAAUCUAGGCAUGGAAUAUGGGCCACAAUUCCAAGGCCUGGAAGAUAUAACUGCAAAUCCUGUGCAAUUUGCCGCAAAUGCUAGUAUUCGCGAGGCUCCAGAAAAGGAUAAUAGAAGAGAUGCCGUGCACCCAGUCAACAUUGACCAGUGUCUUCAAUUAUUCAGUGUUGCUGCAAGCAAUGGAAGGUCGGUAAGAUUGACAGCGCUCUAUUUGCCUAUGUAUAUCGAAGAAAUCUGCAUCGGUUGUGGCGGAUCUCGAAUGAAAGCUGAAGCUCAUGGAACUGGCUCUGAAGGGAACAGGGCCCAAGGUGAUGUGAUAUUGGUGACUGAUGACCGAAUGAUUCUGCAUAUGCGUGGGGUGACUUUUGCUCAACUAGACAGAGUCGAUUUGACAGAGACAUCCCAUAUCCCAUUGUUCUCACAUGCAGUGUGGCGACCAGAUAUCGAUCUUCUCUCGGGUGAUCUCCAGCUUUCUACCCCAACAGAAAACUGUGAGGAACUCAGGUUGUUCGGUCAAGCGUCUUUCCUAUCCAUGGUCCUCACUCUUCGAAAGAUAUCUAGGAAAAAGGCAUACUCCGAGCCUUUGGAGAUGUAUAUGCGAUCGCUCCAAAAAGAGGUAGACGCACUGGACAAGCUUGGGAUUGAAGGAACCAGUGGCGAAAAUAUCUGGACACAGAAAAGCAUAGAAGGUCUAGAGCUUGAUUGGAAUUUGAUAAGCCAGAGCCUCAAGAGCAAGCAUUUGGGUUUCAUGUCGGAAUUGGGCUCGGCUACAAUUGACAACGCCACAGCUGCCUUCGAUCUUCCUUCGCACGAGCUAACCCCUCUGCAUCUGGGCGACGCACAGCAAAUGUAUGAAGAUUGGGUCACAUCUCUCCGCAUAUUGCCGGAGUGGAUUUCUCUUCUUUGUCACUCUAGACCAUCUCUAUCCAUUCUCGAGAUUGGAGGUGGGGAUGGGUCGUUCUCGUCCAAUCUUCUUCGCUUGCUGACUUCCGACAAACAAUACUCAUACUCACAGUAUACAUGGUCCGAUAUAGGGAAUAUUAAAGCUACAAUUCAGGAACGACUUGCUGAUUACCCGUCGUUACACUUCCAAUCGCUCGAUAUCACCAAAGACCCAAUUGAGCAAGGCUUCCAACCAAAGAGUAUGGAUCUUGUGAUUGCUUCAGAGCUUGAGAGACUGCCCUCUUGCAGCCUCGUGUCCGCUUUGAAAAAUGUCAAAAGCCUUCUUGUCCCUGGAGGCAGGCUCCUAAUUCGUGAAUACGCACCUGCACUUUCUGCCUUCGACUUUCUAUCGAGUUGCUCCUCGAGAUUUGACCCUAAUAAACUGGCAAUGGCCGCCAAUAGAACAGAGCUAUUUACUGAAGCAUGGACAACAAUGCUUCAAGACGCGGGCUUUGAUGGCAUUGAGGUAGACGCAUAUGAUGGGAAAGCUCCAUAUUACUUCCAUCACAUCAUGAUUUCUCGAACACCCCCUGAAUGCUCCAAGGGCCAGGGGCUUAUUUACCUGCUGGGCCCAAAUCAAGAAACUUGCAGUCCUUGGAUAGCGAUAUUUGAAGAGGAUCUGAUGCACAAUGGCUAUACCAUCAAGCGGCUUACUAUUGGAGACAGCAUUCCUCCAGAUCAAUACGUGAUAUCAUUGCUUGAUAUAGAUCGUCCUUUCUUCCAUCAAAUAAGCCAAGAUGACUGGGAGUGGUUCCAAAACUUUACUAAGUCCUCUCCUCAGAUUCUCUGGAUAACAAAGUCAGUUGAAUUGAAGUGCCAUGAUCCGAACUAUUCAAUCGUAAUGGGCGUUUCACGAACGGCCCGACAGGAGCAAGAACUGCAUUUUGGAACUAUACAACUUGACACUUUUGACGAAUCAAUAAUAGGAAGUUUGACGAAGAUUUGCCAAGGAUUUUUCAAGCCCAUGUUGGGAAAUGCUUUAACUGAUGCAGACUUCGAAUUUGCUUUGCGUGAUGGCGUGAUCUAUAUACCUCGAAUUCAGUGGAGGGGAACGAACGACAGGCCACUGAGGCCGACGCAGUCUGAGCCAUCAUCUAUCAAGUUGGAUGUUACAUCUUAUGGCUUAAUCGACUCCAUUUCUUGGUGUGAAAACGAUUCCAGGACUUUGAAAGAUUACGAUGUUGAGAUCGAUAUCAAAUACGUCGGUUUAAAUUUCCGGGAUGUGAUGAUUGGUCUAGGCGUCAUGUCAAACAAAGAAGACCUAGGCAUGGAGGCCAGCGGGGUGGUAGGGCGCUGUGGAUCCAAGGUUGAAAACCUCCAACCUGGAGAUCGGGUGAUGGUGUGUCGACCUGGUCUAUUUCGAACAAAAGCAGUUGUUCCUGAUGGUAGCUGCACAAUCAUUCCUGAAUCACUUUCACUGGAAGAGGCCGCCUCGAUGCCUGUGGUAUAUGCCACAGCCUACCAUUGUCUGAUAGACGUGGGACGACUAGAGAAAGGACAGUCUGUACUUAUUCACGCAGCAUGCGGGGGAGUGGGUCUAGCUGCUGUUCAGCUAAGCCAGAUGAUCGGAGCAACGAUAUAUGCCACCGUUGGAAGCGAAUCAAAGGCACAAUAUUUGGUGGAUCAAUUCCAUAUUCCUCGUGAUCAUAUCUUCAGGUCUCGUGAUGCUUCCUUUGAGCAAGAGUUGAUGAAGGUGACCAUUGAUCAAGGCGUAGAUAUUGUGCUCAACUCUUUAGCGGGGGAGCUUCUCCAUGCAUCCUGGAGAUGUGUUGCAGAGUUUGGAAAGAUGAUUGAAAUUGGUAAACGGGAUUUCAUAGAGCAUGGCUGGUUAGACCUGGAAGGCUUCGGGGCGAAUCGAGCCUUUUUUGGAGUUGACCUCAUUCGAAUUGGACAAAAGCCAGGUUUAAUUCCGAGUACCGAUAUUCAUGAAGCAUUCCGUAAUAUGCAACGAGGACUCCAUAUGGGCAAGCUUCUUGUCAGAAUGCCCGAAACAGACUCGACAGAUCUCAUAGUGAAACCUAGGGAUCAUGUGAAGCUAUCUUCGAAACUGACCUACAUUCUCGUUGGUGGACUUGGAGGUAUCGGGCGGGCAAUAGCUACUUGGAUUGUAGAAAAAGGCGCUCGAAACUUGAUCUUCCUGUCCCGAUCGGCCGGUGCUUCUGAAGCAGAUCAAGCAUUUGCGCACGAGCUUCAAGUCCAGGGCUGUCGUGCAAUCAUGAUCAAAGGGGAUGUGUCUGUUUUGGAAGAGGUCCAGUCCGUCAUCGAGAACGCACCUAGUCCAAUCGGUGGAAUUCUGCAGUUAUCUAUGAUCGUUCGGGAUCAAUUUAUACCUGACAUGAGCCAUAAAAACUGGCGGGAUGUUCUUGCAGUCAAGGUGGCUGGUGCUUGGAAUCUUCACCAUGCGCUCUCUGGUUAUGAUUCUGCUUUGCACUUCUUCAUCGUUUGUGGGUCCGUCACAGGUGUGAUGGGGAACGCGGGCCAGGUGAACUAUUCAUCAGCAAAUGCAUUUCUUUCCUCGUUCGCUCAAUACCGCAUCGAAAAUGGACUUCCGGCAUCUGUGGUGAACUUGGGGGGAGUCGAUGAUGUAGGGUUUUUAGCAACACAGGACCUCACACUUCGAGCUAGGAUGCGCUCCGCUGCUGUACGGCUUCUUCAUGAGCAAGAGGUGAUAGAUGGAUUUGAGCUCGCCAUGGUUCAUUCAGGCCCGAAGAAAACAAUAGAAUCAUCGAAUGGCUCAUUACAGCCUCCGAACAAUGUCAUCGUGGGCAUGAACAGCACUAAGUCUCUGAAGGGUCCUUCGGUACGGCCGCUCUGGGGACAGGAUGCUCGUUUCCGAGCCUAUGCGAACCUUGAUACUAAGCACGAGCCAGCUCAAAGUACGCUCAAUAAAGCUUCUCAGCUUCGACAAAUACUGGCAUCUAUCAAAGAUGAGCCGACAUAUCUGGAUGAUCCCCAGUGGUUUGAAAAUCUUCUUCUUGAGACUGUUGAGGCCAUCCAAGAAUAUUCCAUCUUUGCUCGGGAUCAAACGUAUGCAGAGAUAAUCAACACGCCGUUUGACUCUCUUAUGACCGUUGAGAUACGAAAUUGGGCCCGGCGUUAUCUUUACUUGAAUCUGACCCUCAACGGAAUCACAAAGGCUGCAACCAUUGAAGGAUUGGCGAAAUUGAUAGUAUCCAGCUCUGUAAAGCAACAUCAGUCCGUGUUCUCGAAAUAA